AGUUGAGUCGGUCUUUGCAAAAUGAACGGUUGUAACAUAGACACGUGUAAAUCCCUUUAAAUGUUAAUUUUAAUAUCAAGAGAUUUUCUGAAAUUGAUAUUUAACAUUUUUUAACAAAAACUCGGCUAUAUAAGCAAGCCUUCUUCCUACGGUUCAGAUCAGAAUCAUCCCUUCGUCUCUCUCUCAGAAACCUAAAUCGCUCUUUCGAUCCUCUCUUUCAAGAUGCAAAUUUUCGUGAAAACGCUCACCGGCAAGACCAUUACUCUCGAGGUCGAGAGCUCUGACACCAUUGACAACGUCAAGGCUAAGAUCCAGGACAAGGAAGGCAUCCCUCCGGAUCAGCAGAGGCUCAUCUUUGCCGGUAAACAGCUAGAGGAUGGACGUACCUUGGCGGAUUACAACAUCCAGAAGGAGUCAACUCUCCAUCUGGUUCUCAGGUUGAGGGGUGGUAUGCAGAUCUUUGUCAAGACUUUGACUGGCAAGACCAUCACUCUCGAGGUUGAGAGCUCCGACACUAUUGACAACGUCAAGGCAAAGAUCCAGGACAAGGAAGGUAUUCCUCCGGACCAGCAGAGGCUCAUCUUCGCCGGUAAGCAGCUUGAAGAUGGAAGGACUCUCGCUGACUACAACAUCCAGAAGGAGUCUACUCUCCACCUUGUGCUGCGUCUUCGUGGUGGUAUGCAGAUCUUUGUCAAGACCCUCACCGGCAAAACAAUUACCUUGGAGGUUGAGAGCUCUGACACAAUCGACAAUGUCAAAGCAAAGAUUCAGGACAAGGAAGGCAUCCCACCAGACCAGCAGAGACUCAUCUUCGCAGGGAAGCAGCUGGAGGAUGGACGCACACUCGCUGAUUACAACAUCCAGAAAGAGUCCACGCUCCAUUUGGUGCUUCGUCUGAGAGGUGGUAUGCAGAUUUUUGUCAAGACCCUCACCGGCAAAACCAUCACACUGGAGGUUGAGAGCUCAGACACGAUCGAUAACGUCAAAGCUAAGAUCCAGGAUAAGGAAGGGAUCCCUCCAGACCAGCAGAGACUCAUCUUCGCAGGGAAGCAGCUGGAGGAUGGUCGCACUCUCGCGGAUUACAACAUCCAAAAGGAGUCCACGCUCCAUCUUGUGCUUCGUCUGAGAGGUGGUAUGCAGAUUUUCGUCAAGACCCUCACAGGAAAAACCAUUACUCUUGAGGUGGAGAGCUCUGACACGAUUGACAACGUGAAGGCCAAGAUACAGGACAAGGAAGGGAUCCCACCAGACCAGCAGAGACUCAUCUUCGCUGGGAAACAGCUUGAGGAUGGUCGUACGCUUGCGGAUUACAAUAUCCAGAAGGAGUCUACCCUUCACCUUGUGUUGCGUCUCCGUGGUGGAAUGCAAAUAUUUGUCAAGACUUUGACAGGCAAGACUAUUACCUUGGAAGUUGAAAGCUCAGACACAAUCGACAAUGUGAAGGCUAAGAUUCAGGACAAGGAAGGGAUUCCUCCGGACCAACAGAGACUCAUCUUCGCUGGUAAACAGCUUGAGGAUGGUCGCACGCUUGCAGAUUACAACAUUCAGAAGGAGUCGACUCUGCAUUUGGUUCUGCGUCUUCGUGGUGGAAGCUUCUGAGCUCGUUGAUCUCUGUGGUCAAAAAGUGGUGUUCUGUGAGCUUUGUUAAUGCACUUGGGAGGUGAUCUCUGUUUGCUUCUGCAAAAAUGGAUUGUCUGUGUCUAUGUUUUUCUUUUUCUGUCUUCUUUAUUUUCUUUUCGUUGUGAACCUUUCGGUUGGGCUCGUAAUGGCCCUGCCCUUUAUGUUUCAAGUUUAAAUAAUAAUCCAAGUGCAUUAUGAACU